CCAGGAGAAGGGUUCGGAAGCGAGGAGAGGGUUUCCGCUUCCGGAGCGGAGGCGCGUUCUCUUUCCGUUUGCUGAGGAGAGGCAACAGGAGGCGCGUGGAGGGUGACACCCGGCUGCCGCCAUGCAGAUCUUUGUGAAAACCUUGACGGGCAAGACCAUCACCCUUGAGGUGGAGCCCAGCGACACCAUCGAGAACGUCAAGGCCAAAAUUCAGGACAAAGAAGGUAUCCCUCCUGACCAGCAGCGUCUGAUCUUUGCUGGGAAGCAGCUGGAAGAUGGGCGCACCCUUUCCGACUACAACAUCCAGAAAGAAUCCACUCUGCACUUGGUCCUGCGUCUUCGCGGAGGGAUCAUUGAGCCAUCCCUUCUCAAGCUCGCCCAGAAGUACAACUGUGAGAAGAUGAUCUGCCGCAAGUGCUACGCCCGCCUGCAUCCUCGGGCUGCGAACUGCCGGAAGAAGAAGUGCGGCCACACCAACAACCUCCGUCCGAAGAAGAAGCUGAAGUAAAGACCGCAGCCAGAUCCCCAGGAGGCGGCUUUUCUGCUUUCUUCCCCUGGGCUUCAUUCCGUUGGAGGGAAAAACUCGCUCCAUCUCCUGUUCUCUGAAGGGGGGAUUUUUCCUUUUCCUCUAGAAUAAAACUCACGGUGCCACCAAAAGCA